CUCUCACCCACAAAACAAGAAGAAGGAAGCCACGCACCUUUUUCCCAUCACACAUAUCCUCUUCUCUUUUCUUUUCUUUUCCCCUGUUUCUUCAUUUUAUCUUCCAGUUCUGGAGAUUGAGUUGGAAAUAUGGGAAUGGCUGCUGCAGUAAAUCCACCACAGUUUCAUGUUCUUGCGGUUGAUGAUAGCCUCAUUGAUAGGAAGCUUGUUGAAAGGCUUUUCAUAACCUCCUCUUGUCAAGUAACUACAGUUGAUUCCGGUAUUAAGGCCUUGGAGUUUCUUGGAUUAGCAGAAAAUGGGCAGCCCAGCCCAAACCAACCUUCUGUUUUAUCCGACCACAACCAGGAGGUGGACGUCAAUCUUAUCAUCACAGACUAUUGCAUGCCUGGGAUGACCGGCUAUGAUUUGCUCAAAAGAAUCAAGGAAUCCGCAGCUUUGAGAAAUAUACCAGUAGUCAUCAUGUCAUCUGAGAAUGUUCCUUCAAGAAUCAGCAGAUGCUUAGAGGAAGGGGCAGAGGAGUUUUUCUUAAAGCCAGUGAGGUUAUCAGAUGUUGACAAGCUGAAACCUCAUAUGAUGAAAACCAGAUGCCAAAAACAUCACAAACCAGAGGGUCCAGAGGAGAUUGAUGACAACACUUUAUCAGCAAAUCAAGCAGAAUCAGAGUCCUCAGUUGAAUGUGUCACUGCUAAAGAUGUUCAGUCAUUGUUGAUGACACAACUUCCACUUCUACAACAAAUAUGUCCAUUGAAGCAGCCACAACCAGAGACAGAACAUCAUCAACCACAAACUGAUACUAAUAAUAACAACAAAAAUAAUAAUAAUAAUAAUAGCAUUAAUAGUAACAAGAGGAAGGUCAUAGAGGAGCCUGCAGGAAGGCCUAGAACAAGAACCAACUGUCCGGUCGCUGCGGAGAGGUCGAUGGGAGAGUGGGAGGAGCAUGUAGCCUUUAACCACACCGUUACUGAUUCGGUUAUUGCUAACACUCUCCUCGGGUGAGUUCCAGGCACUGAUGUUGAAAAGCUUUUGUAGGUUUAAUUUCCUCUUUUCUAAUAUAUAUGACACUUAUUUUUCAAAUAUUCUUGUUUCAGUUAUAAGUUUGUUAAUUCUGGUAUCCUUUUUUCUACUUUCCCUACUUGUUUUAAAUGUAGAGAGGCAGAGAAAGAGAGAUUUGUGAUCAUACCACUAAUGUGUACACGUGCAUUAUAAAUAUUAAUAGUGAACUACCUUGUUAAACUUGUAUUGUGUGUCAACUCUUUAUUACUUAUUAAUACGUGUUAUUGUAAAGUGAAGUGUUAUGG